AUGAGUGAUAAAGUUUAUUCGCGCCAAAAAGGUACAAAAGAAUUGCAUACAACGCGGCUUCGAAGCAACGUGUCGAAAAGACGACCGAAGAACAGAUUCGAGGUUGAAGGCGACGCGGAAGGCGUGAGUGCGUCUGCCAAGAAGUUGAGAACGAGUGAAGAUUUGGACGUAAAUUAUGAAUUCGGAAAAGAAUGGCGACUUUGUAAUCUGAAAAAAUCAUCGAAAAACCUCGGAGAAAAAGGAAAAUUAAAUGCCAAAUUAAUAGACGAGCUGACUAUUUAUUAUGGUUUGGCCAUUCGUCGGAACCCAACAUCCUUAGAUGACAUGAAAAAUGAAAUUUGGGCGACCUUAUUUCAUAAGUUAUCAACUGACGAAAAUCCGCAACACGAGAAGUGCUCGAAAUCUUGGUGCAAUUGGAAGAAGGCGCAAGAAGCAGACACCUUGGACACUUUCCGUCACAAGUCACCGCUUUCCGAGGAAGUUUACGAAGCCAUAAAACCUAUUUAUGAAGAUUUGAGUCGGGACGAGUUACUAAACCGUUGCCUGGGCGGUUACACGCAGAAUAGUAACGAAAGUUUUAAUGCGACAGUGUGGAAUUUGGCUCCUAAAUCGUACUCAAGCGGCAAGACAGUCCUAAAUGUAGCGGCGGAUAUCGCUACAUGCGUCUUUAAUGAUGGAAUGACUAGUAUUAUACACAUUAUGCAGCUUCUGGAAAUGGAAAUUGGCGUCCAAGCAUAUAAUUUUUGCAUCGAAUCCGACGCAAAACGAAUCAAGCACGCAGAGGCGCAAUUAUCAGAUGCGAAAACGAUAAGAUCACCGGUGAAAAUGGGGGAAGAAGGGGGGAUGAGGGAGUGA